AUGUCAAAUCUACGAAGUGGUCCCGGCUCGACUUCUCCGUUCCAAGGAAAAGUACAGCAUGAUUUUGCGAUUUAUGUUUUUAACGAGGAGUGUAUGGAAAAGCGACUUCCCCCCUCUACAUUCCGCACAAUCAAAAAUUUGUUGACGAAUGGUGGGACACUUUCCGAGACCGAAGCUGAUGUAGUUGCCUUUGGAAUGAAAGAGUGGGCGGAGGAGCAUGGAGCCGUUUGUUUCUGUCAUUGGUUCCAGCCCCUCACAUCGAAAAGUGCCAAAAAAUUUGAUUGUUUCUUAAACAUCAAAAAUGGUCGGUCUUCACACGACUCACAUUUAAUGUCUGAGUUCAGUGGAAAGCAAUUGACCAAAGGAGAGCCUGACGGGAGUUCAUUUCCAAAUGGAGGGCUUCGAAACACACACCAAGCGCGUGGGUACACUGCUUGGGAUUAUACAUCU